AUGGAUAUGCUUCUCUUGGAUAGAGCUCAACAAGAGAAGGUGAACUUUGUUGGUGAGAAAAAACAAGAAGGGACUGCUGUGCUUAAUGAAGUUGAUGGUCUAGAAGUUUUGGAGAACCAGUUUGCCUCUAUGAGUAGUAACUCAAAACGCCCUAUGAAAUCACUUCCCGGAACUUCUGAGCAAAACCCCAAGGAGACAAUGAAAUCCAUCACCCUAAGGAGUGGUAAACAAUUGCCUCCUAGAACUCUCAUUAGGGAUAAUGAGAAGCAAGAUGGAGAGGUGGUCAUCAAUGUGGAUGAUGAUGUAGUUAUUGUGGAUGAGAAAACUAAUGAAAAGAUCUUGGAGAAGAUAGUUGAAGCUAAAGGGAAAGGAAAGGUUGGAGAAGAAAAGAAGAUUGUGAACAAGAAUGAAGCUGCUACUUCAUCAAAAGGAGCUCCAUUCAUUCCUCCUCCAUAUGAAGCAAAAAUUCCCUUCCCUGGUAGAUUCAAGAGACAGCUUUUGGAGCAAUACAAAGCCUUGUUUGAGAAGCAAAUGAGUGAGGUUCAGAUCACCAUACCCAUUAUUGAUGCCUUCAUGCUAGUGCCUCAGUGCAGCAAGUUCCUCAAGGAUGAUGUAACCAAGAAGAAGAAAGAGAUGGAAGGGAUGGUACUUCUCACCCAUGAAUGCAGUGACAUUAUACAGUGGUUAACCAUCCCCAAGAAGCUUGAAGAUCCAGGAAGCUUCACUCUACCUUGUGCCAUUGGGCAAUUAGCUUUUGAGAAGUGUAUUUGUGAUUUGGGAGCAAGUGUGAGCCUUAUGCCUCUCUCCACUGCUAAAAAGCUUGGGUUUACACAAUACAAGAAGUGUAGACUUUCUCUUGUGCUAGCUGAUCGCUCAGCGAAGAUUCUCAUUGGUAUCCUAGAAGAUCUCCCUGUUAUGGUUGGAAAUUGUGAAAUUCCUACAGAUUUUGUAGUGUUGGAGAUGAAUGAAGAACCAACAGAUCCUUUGAUGGGGAGACCUUUCUUGGCUACAGCAGGAGCUGUUGUGAAUGUUAAGGAAGGGAAGAUUAAUCUUCAUCUUGGCAAAGGGAACAUCCUGCAUUUUGACAUCAAGGAGGUGAUGAAGAAGCCCACUACCCAAAGCCAAGCAUUCUACAUUGAGGAGAUGGAAGCUUUAGCUGAAGAGUAUUUGGAGGAAUUAGCUAUUGAGAACUCUCUUCAACAUGCCCUAACAGUUGAUAGAGAGACUCAAUUGAUUGAAGAUGAGGAGAGUGCAAGGUAUGUGAGGAUGCUAGACUGCCACAAGGAGAAAAGUGGAGAAGACAACUUCAUAGAGCUUCCACAAGAAGUUCAUCAUGCUGCUUCAGUUGAUCAACAAGAGAACCUCCAAGAAGAUGAUUGGAGUGAACUAAAAGCACCAAAAGUGGAGCUUAAACCUCUCCCCCUUGGUGUAAGGGUUCUUCCAAAUCCCCAUACAUCCAAAUGGUCAAGAGAAAACGACUUUCACAUGCUCUUAUGGUACCUUUGCUUAUCGAAGGAUGCCAUUUGGGCUAUGUAA